GCUACAGUUGUUAAAAAAGGACUUUCUUAGCUAUUAACGUUGGAUGCGGAGGGAGAGGAGACAACACGUGAGUUCGUAGAUCUGGCAGUUAAAUAAAAUAAUCUUCUUUGACAUUUUUGUCGACGUCUUCUUUUGACGUAAGAAUGCUUUAAUGCGAUAAAAUCCAGGACUUUGGCCAACUUUAGCCAAGUUCAACGCGUCCACCAUGAGUUUCACGACCGUGAUUAAUAAAUGUCAAUCUAAUAGAUAAAUAAAAGCUCGCACUUUAUACAAAUGUAUCCCUAAAAUCUGAUAUAAGCUGCGCUGCAUAACACUUGUUGUAGUUAUUCUUUAGGGAAAGUUAUGUUUUAUAGUUUCAUCUACCGAAAUUACACAACUAACGUUAUACGUUCUAAAGAAAGGUUUAUGUGUAUAGCUUAGAGAGAGAAUUUAGUUUCACAAGUACGUGCAUUUAACUAAAGAAGUAUUUGCUUUUGUUGUUCAAACAAAAAGUCGAGUCCUAUGCUCACAGAUGAUAACUACGGAUUCACCAUAUUUCUUAUUAAAAAAAGUUGGCUCCGGAUAAUAACAUUAUUUUCCAAAAUCAAGAACUUGAUUUUAGUUAUAGAUUUGAUCAUGCCAGCUUAACUGAAAAGUUAGCAAGCCCUCAAAUGUCAAUGAUAAAAAGUAAUUAAACGCAUCAUUAUAACCAGAUUGGGAUUUCAAAUUUAAUUUACCAAGUGGUACACUAGGCACAAAGAAAACUAAAUCAUGCAAAAAGCUCACUAGUUUUUUUUUGCCUCCCUAAGCAUCUAGUUAACCAUCUUUCCCGUAUAUAUAUACGUAUUCACACACAUACCAUAAUCACGAGCAAGCCUCUCUAUAGACUAAAUUAAUCCACAAAUCUUUGACAUGAUGAGUUACUACAUAGAUACCUUAUGUAUUAUUUCUCUCUUGUCUUGUCUCUUCAUCACCUCUUCUUUUGCAGGACCAGUCCCAAACGUGGUGAGUGGUUCUCAGAAACUUAUUCCCACUCAAAUAUCAUCACGUGAUAGUAAAGUCUCACAAUCGAGCACAGUGAAGGGUCUCAGAUUACGUCCCCCGUCGUCUUAUUCUCUCAAAUUAGAGUCUUUCAGCACACUCAUGAAGUCUACCUACACCGAGAGAUAUGACUCACGUCCUUUUAGGGUCGGUAAAUACAACUGGACGCUUGUUGUGUACCCGAAGGGGAACAAGAACGAUAGCGGUACAGGGUAUAUUUCGCUAUAUGUCGUCAUAGACAGCUCUACUCUCACCUCUCCACGUCAAGUGGUUCCCGCAGAUCUUAGGUUUUACGUCUUCAACAAGAAAGAGAAGAAGUACUUUACGAUCCAAGAUUCCGAUGUAUGGCAAUUCACUAUAAACAAAACGAUGUGGGGGUUCCCUAGGGUACUUCCCCUUUCUACGUUUAACAACCUGAAAAAUGGAUACCUUUACGAUAUGGACCAAUGCGAGUUUGGCGUUGAUAUCAUCAUUCCACCGAUCUUUGAAAAGUCAGAACUUUUCUCGGUUGCCAAGAGUUUCCCAAACAAGAGAUUCACUCGGUUUAUUCAGGGAUUCUCGACACUGCCUAGCGAUUACCUAUCAGAGGAGUUCAUCAUCGGAGGAAUAAGUUGGAAUUUACGAGUCUUUCGAAAUGGUUUUGGCGCUCAUGAAGGCAAAAAUUUGUCGCUUUACCUUAACCUUGGGCCACAAGAGCUACUAAAAACAAAGCCUUAUGACAAGAUUUACGCUCGAGCCAUGCUUCGUGUUCCUAACCAAGGCCAGUCCAAUUAUAUCGUGGAACGUCCACUGGAUAACUGGUUUAGUCCACAGAAUAUAGGGUGGGGAUACGCUGACUUCAUGCCUCUUUCUGAUCUCAGAGAUUCAUCAACGGGUUUCGUUAGGAAUGAUAUGUUGGUUGUUCAAGUCGAAAUGGAAGCCAUUUCGACAACCAAGUACUUCCCUAGCUAGAAUACUACACUUCUACCAAAUCAUAGUAUUGUAACAGUUAUAAUAAGCGAUAUAUACUGCAUCGCUGUUUUCUUUCGUGAAAUGAAAUAUUUUGUCUUUUGUGUUUUAA